GGAACCGCGGCAACGAUUUGUCACUACUCACUAGGCUUAGGCUACCUGCUCCUACUUCUCCAUCUCCAUCUCAAUAUUUCCAAACGUAAAUUACAAAGAAGAUGAGACUACGUGACGUCAGCUAUGACGCCAUCAUGCUCCUCUCAUAUGCACUUACAAAUUCACUUCUCUCUUCAUUUCAUUUAACACCACCGCCUUCUCUUCUUCUUCCUCACUCGUUAAUUAUAAUUAAUUAAUUGAAUUAUGAGUAUAUGCUAAUUGCUAAGACAUAACAAAACGUCUUCACUUUCCGCCACACUUUCGGCUUUCUAAGUCUACUACCUACAGAAUUUAAGUAACGAAGAGAAGGCCUAAAAAAUGGAGGGGUUUUGGAGCAUGUUCUGUGGGGAAGAAACAUGCAGCUAUGAUUUCAAGUUUUUGAUUGAUCCUUCCUCAUGCAUCAACCACUUCUUGAUAUCUUGCUUUGAUGUGUUGCUUCUUCUCAUGCUCCUAUUCAUUAUGAUCAAGAAGUUACCCUCCAAACCGUUACAUGGUCUAACAGGGUCACCAAGACUUUCAAAAUUGCAUCUAGUCUCUGCCAUAGCCAAUGGUGCUCUUGGCCUGGUGCAUUUGUGCUUAGGCAUUUGGGUUUUAGUGGAGAAUUUGAGGAAAACCCACACUUCUUUGCCUCUUGAUCUGUGGUUGCUAGAAUUCUUUCAAGGAUUGACAUGGUUGUCAGUCAGCAUAGCAAUAAAUAUUGGCCUAAAACAGCUUCCAAGACCAUGGUUAAGGAUGUUCUCUGUUCUUAUCUUUUUGGUUUCUGGCAUUUCCUGUGCUUUUUCCUUGUUUUAUGUAAUUGGUAGCAAAGACCUGUCCCUUAAGGUAGCUUUAGAUAUUCUAUCUUUCCCAGGGGCAAUAUUAUUGUUGCUUUGCACAUAUAAAUGCAGGGAAACUGACAUGGAACUUGAUGAAAGCCUUUACACUCCUUUGAAUGGUGAGUCCAACAAAAUUGGUUCUAUCAACAACGAUGCUCUAUAUGGAAGAGCUGGAUUCUUUAGUACCAUGUCAUUUUGGUGGAUGAAUCCUUUGAUGAAGAGGGGUAAAGAGAAAACACUUCAGGAAGAAGAUAUCCCAAAGUUGCGAGAGCAAGAUCAAGCAGAAAGUUGUUACUUGCUGUUUCUAGACCAAUUGAACAGGAAGAAACAGAAUGAUCCGUCUUCGCACUCAUCGAUUUUGUGGACUAUAGUUUUAUGUCACCGGAGAGAAAUUCUGAUAUCAGGAUUCUUUGCAUUGCUUAAGGUGAUUGCUAUUUCCGUUGGUCCACUGCUUCUGAAUUCCUUCAUACUGGUAGCUGAGGGCAAUGAAAGCUUCAAAUAUGAAGGUUUUGUAUUGGCCAUAUCACUUUUCUUUACGAAGGUCAUAGAAUCUUUAUCACAAAGGCAGUGGUACUUCCGAGCCAGACUGAUAGGUGUGAAAGUUAAAUCUCUGCUCACUGCAGCCAUUUAUAAAAAACAACUGAGGUUAUCAAAUUCUGCUAGAUUGAAUCAUUCUGGUGGUGAGAUCAUGAACUAUGUGACUGUGGAUGCUUAUAGAAUCGGAGAAUUUCCUUAUUGGUUUCACCAGACAUGGACGACUAGCGUCCAGCUAUGCAUCUCCUUGGUAAUACUUUUUCGCGCCGUCGGGCUAGCUACAAUUGCCUCCUUGGUGGUGAUAGUUUUCACUGUGCUUUGCAAUACUCCACUUGCAAAGUUGCAGCAUAAGUUUCAAAGCAAACUCAUGGUGGCACAAGAUGAGAGGUUGAAGGCUACUUCUGAGGCUCUUCUGAAUAUGAAGGUGUUGAAAUUGUAUGCGUGGGAAACCAACUUCAAGGAUUCUAUUGAAAGAUUAAGGAACGUGGAGCUGAAAUGGUUGUCUGCAGUGCUAUUGCGCAAGGCCUACAACACCUUUCUCUUUUGGUCCUCACCUGUGUUGGUAUCCGCUGCUUCCUUUGGAGCUUGUUACUUUCUUAACGUUCCCCUGCAUGCUAACAACGUCUUCACCUUCGUGGCAACUUUGCGCCUUGUUCAAGAUCCAAUUAGAAUCAUUCCUGAUGUCAUUGGGGUGAUCAUUCAGGCCAGAGUCGCGUUUGCCCGGCUUGUAAAGUUCCUUGAGGCACCUGAGCUGCAGAAUGCAAAUGUCAAGAGGAAGAGUUUCAGCGACAACAUGAGGGGCUCCAUUUCAAUCAAGGCUGCUGACUUUUCAUGGGAAGAUAAUGCAUCAAAACCGACACUGCGAAAUAUCAACUUAGAGGUUAGGCCAGGGAAAAAGUUGGCUAUUUGUGGAGAGGUUGGAUCAGGAAAAUCAACACUGUUAGCAGCAAUUCUCAGGGAAGUUCCUAAUACUCAGGGAACUAUUGAAGUUUAUGGCAAAUUUGCCUAUGUUUCUCAAACAGCAUGGAUACAGACAGGUACAAUAAGGGAUAACAUAUUGUUUGGAUCAGCAAUGGAUACUCAAAAGUAUAGAGAAACUCUGCAUAGGUCUUCACUAAUAAAGGACCUUGAGUUGUUUCCCCAUGGUGAUCUCACUGAGAUAGGGGAGAGAGGGGUUAACCUGAGUGGAGGCCAGAAGCAACGGAUUCAGCUCGCUCGUGCUCUUUACCAGAAUGCUGAUAUAUACCUCUUGGAUGAUCCAUUCAGUGCUGUUGAUGCACAUACUGCCACAAAUCUGUUUAAUGAAUACAUCAUGCAAGGACUUGCAGGAAAGACAGUUUUGCUUGUCACUCAUCAAGUUGACUUUCUUCCUGCAUUUGAUUCUGUUUUGUUGAUGUCAGAUGGUGAAAUCCUACAAGCUGCUCCUUAUCAUGAUCUGUUGGCCUCAAGUCAAGAAUUUCAGGACCUUGUCAGUGCUCACAAAGAGACUGCUGGUUCUGACCGGCUUAUGGAUGUUACUUCUUCCCAGAGAAAUUCUAAUUCUGCAGUAGAGAUUAGGAAAACUUCUGUGGAGAAGCAGUUUGAUGCAUCAAAAGGAGAUCAGCUAAUUAAGGAAGAAGAGAGAGAGAAAGGAAACCAAGGCUUCCGGCCUUACUUACAGUAUCUGAAUCAGAACAAAGGAUACGUGUACUUCUCUGUGGCUGUCAUUUCUCAGAUUACAUUUGUGAUUGGCCAGAUAUCGCAAAACUCAUGGAUGGCUGCCAAUGUUGACAAUCCUCAUGUCAGCACUUUGAAAUUGAUUUUAGUGUACUUGUUGAUUGGAUUUACUUCAACAUUAUUCUUGUUGGUGAGAAGUCUUCUUACAGUUGCUAUGGGACUUCAGUCAUCAAAAUCAUUAUUUCUACAGCUACUGAAUUCUCUCUUUCGCGCACCAAUGGCAUUUUAUGACUCCACCCCCUUGGGACGGAUACUUAGCAGGGUUUCUGGGGAUCUCAGCAUUGUUGAUCUUGAUGUCCCAUUUGGCCUUCUUUUUGCUGUUGCAGCUACUUCUAACUGUUAUGCUAAUCUUACAGUCUUAGCAGUUGUUACUUGGCAAGUCUUGUUUGUCUCUAUACCGAUGAUUAUUUUUGCAAUUCGCUUGCAGAGAUAUUACUUUGCUACUGCGAAAGAAUUGAUGCGGCUCAAUGGCACAACAAAAUCCUAUGUAGCUAAUCACCUAGCUGAAUCUGUAGCUGGAGCUGUGACAAUAAGGGCUUUUGAGGAGGAAGAUCGUUUUUUUGCAAAGAAUCUUCAUUUGAUUGAUGUCAAUGCUAGUCCUUUUUUCCAUACUUUUGCAGCAAAUGAGUGGCUCAUUCAGCGGUUGGAAACAGUCAGUGCAGUUGUUCUUGCAUCUGCAGCACUUUGCAUGGUUGUACUUCCCUCUGGAACUUUCACAUCUGGUUUUAUUGGCAUGGCUCUCUCAUAUGGCCUUUCACUUAAUGCUUCACUAGUAUUUUCAAUUCAAAAUCAGUGCAACAUAGAAAAUUACAUAAUAUCAGUGGAAAGGCUUAAUCAAUAUAUGCAUAUACCAAGUGAGGCUCCAGAAAUUAUAGAAGGAAAUCGUCCUCCAACAAAUUGGCCACUUGAGGGAAAAGUGGAAAUUCAUGAUUUGCAGAUUCGAUAUAGACCUGAUGCGCCUCUUGUACUCCGUGGAAUCACAUGCACAUUUGAAGGAGGACACAAGAUUGGUAUUGUUGGCAGGACAGGUAGUGGAAAGUCGACACUAAUAGGCGCUUUAUUCCGGCUUGUGGAGCCGGCCGGUGGAGAGAUCAUAGUUGAUGGCAUUAAUAUUUGUUCCAUUGGACUUCAUGAUUUGAGGUCGCGUUUCGGUAUCAUACCGCAGGAUCCUACUCUUUUCAAUGGAACAGUCAGAUACAAUAUGGACCCCUUAUCGCAAUACACUGAUCAAGAGAUUUGGGAGGUUCUUGCGAAGUGUCAAUUGCGAGAGGCUGUCCAAGAGAAAGAAGAGGGAUUAGAUUCCUCAGUUGUUGAAGCCGGAGCGAACUGGAGUAUGGGACAAAGGCAGUUGUUUUGUCUGGGGCGCGCACUUCUAAGGAGAAGUCAGAUAUUAGUGCUGGAUGAAGCAACUGCAUCAAUUGACAAUGCAACUGAUUUGAUUCUGCAGAAAACCAUUAGGACUGAAUUUGCAGAUUGUACUGUAAUCACAGUAGCUCACAGGAUACCAACUGUGAUGGAUUGCACCAAGGUUCUUGCCAUCAGUGAUGGAAAACUGGUAGAGUAUGAUGAGCCAAUGAACUUGAUGAAGAGGGAAGGAUCACUUUUUGGGCAGCUUGUUAAGGAAUACUGGUCUCAUUUUCAGUCAGCAGAAUCACAUUGAAGUUGAAAGACCAUUUUUUCUUUUUUGCAAGUUAGCACUUCUGAUUCUUUCUAAGGCAUUGACAAGAAGCAACGAAAAAUGUAGUUAGAAUUUAGAAGUAGAGAAAAGUGUAUUAUACUUAGACCAAAUCUGAGGUCCGUUAAAUGGGAAUCAAAUGUAACACUUGAUGAUGAUGUUAAGGAUAAUGUCAUUGCCAAUUAAGUUGGCAUGUAUAUCACUAUAUGUUAAUAAUUGACACAACAUUUUGAAGUGAUCUUACAAGGGGACUCAUGGGUAUAUGGCAUACUUUUCUUGAUGAUUGUGGGUGUCAAAUACUCUGGUCCAAGGAAUUCUUCGCAUAUGAAUAUAUUGCUGCUGGUAAGAUUUCGUUUACAACAUCUCUCUGUGUCCCACAACAUUCUAAAACACUAAGCACAUUGUUAAUUUAAUUUGUUGUACUGCAUGUCGGAGUUAAUUGUCUGCAUCACUGGAUGGAUUAGCUAAGCUUACACGUUUGGUGAAGCUAGAGAUAUGUUUUUUUCUCGUAUCUAAUAGGAACUUAGGCAAGAGUAUAUUGGUAAGAUACUAAGAUUUGAUGUAUAUGUUAACUGGGAUACCCAGCAGCAUUUAUUUAUUGUAACGUGUAUUAAAAAUGUUAUUUGUAUAUUAAAAUUAAUCAUUAAAAUCAGUCACUAAUGUAUUUUAUAUAAAUAUAUGUAUAAUUUAAUUUUUUUU